AAUGCUAUGUCCUUCAAAUUUUGACGCUGUCUGUUGCAGCAGGAACCGGUCUAUUAUAUAUGACUAUGGUUAUACGAUUUUACCCGUUUUUCGAUGGGUUAUAGCGGGAGGCCAGCUGAUUUCAGAUAUAAUAGCGAAUCCUUCUCGGAGACACUUGCACUAUCGACAAUCCAAGUUUUCAAGCUUUGGGAGAGAAUAAUUUUGGGCAAGAUAACAUCUGUCUACGUGUGGGGAAUAUAAGUGAAUCUUGCGAUUAAGCAAGCUAUUGAGUUUGGUCGUGGCACGAACAAUCCUCGCCGUUUCGCAAAAUGAUACAGCAGGAAGCAGUGGUCCUAAGGAACGCCGUGAAAUAUUAUGGAGCAGACAAGCUGGUGUUCACCGACCUGAAUAUGACAAUAUCUAAAGGCUCCAUAUAUGGAUUGCUGGGUCCCUCUGGAUGCGGCAAAACCACGUUGUUGUCAUGUAUUGUGGGAGUUCGACGUCUCAACAGCGGCGAGGUUUGGGUUCUAGGAGGAAAUCCAGGUAGCAAGGGUUCCGGAAUACCCGGACCCCGAGUGGGUUACAUGCCGCAACAGACCUCCUUGGUCGAAGAGUUUACCACGAGCGAUGCCCUCUACUACUUCGGCAGAAUCAAUGGGCUCGAAAACGAAGAGAUUGACACAAGACAGAGGUUUCUCUCGAAAUUGCUCCAGCUACCCCCGGCAAAUCGUCUGGUAAAAAAUAUGAGUGGCGGCCAGCAAAGGAGAGUUUCAUUUGCUGUCACUUUGAUCCACAAGCCCGAACUUUUAAUUUUGGACGAACCCACUGUGGGGCUGGAUCCAAUUCUAAGGCAGAACAUUUGGGACUACAUGAUAAGGCUCACGCAAGAGGAGAGCAUUACGAUAUUAAUCACGACGCACUAUAUCGAGGAAGCUAAAGAUGCCAAUAAAAUCGGUUUGAUAAGAUGUGGUCGAUUGUUGACGGAAUCAUCACCAGAUCAAUUAUUGGACCAAUUUCAAUGCUCAUCUUUGGAGGAGGCUUUCUUGACAUUGAGUCGGACACAAGAAAAUAUGGCAGUUACGAGUAUUACUGAGACUUAUAAAUCCAUAGUAGAAAAUACUGAAAGCGAUGUUUUAUGUCAAGAUAAAUGUAGACGAACAAAGCUUGUUAAAGAUGAAGCGGAUUAUAAAACGAAUGCAAAAUAUAAGGUUUCACGAUGGAAAAAAUUCAACGCUUUAAUGACGAAAAAUAUAAUUCAAUUUUUACGUUAUUACUUAGGGUUAGUUUUCAUGAUUAUUUUUCCGAUAAUACAAUUCAGUAUAUUUUUUGCCGCAAUCGGUGGCAAUCCGAAAAAUUUGACGAUUGCGAUUGUCAAUGAUGAAGCUGGCAAUUGCAAUUAUGGCAGUAACUUUCGUAACGUAUGGUACAACGAAAAGGAUUUCAACUGUUACUUUGCCAAUCUUAGCUGUAAAUUUUUGCACAGUUUUGACGAUUCUCUCGUAAAAAAGAAAUAUUAUAAUGACUUUUCCGAUGCAAUGAUUGGUGUGCGCAACGGAACUCAUGUUGGUAUAAUGCACUUUAACCAAAAUUUUUCUGAAGCUAUGCAGACUCGAGUAGAAUACUUUAUUGAUACUGAGGAAGCCGAUAUUCUUGCGAGUGAGAUUAAAGUUAGCCUCGACAUGAGUAGUGUAGUAAUCGGGUCUUAUUUACAAAGAAAGCUAUAUGAUAGUUUUGACGAAUUUUUUAAAGAUACCAUGAAAAUCUGUGGAUUUUCACAAAAAUUCGCCUCUUUGCCUAUUCGAUUUGAGGAUCCGAUUUAUGGUGCGAAAGACACUACAAAUGCAUAUAAACGCUUUAUGACACCAAACAUGAUACUUAUAAUUGUCUUUUUUUUGGCCAUCACACUCUCCACCGCCCUGAUAAUUACAGAUCAAUCAGGGGGUAUGUGGAACCGGAGUCUGGUUCAUGGAGUUACCACUGCGGAAAUCUUACUGACUCACGUUUUUACUCAGAUUAUCCUUGUAUUUAUUCAAGGCACCUUAACAAUAUGCUUUAGUUUUUUUGUAUGGAAUGUAGAAUGUAAAGGAUCAAUAUUCAACGUUAUCUGCCUUGUAUUUCUUUGUGGUUUUAGCGGACUAAUGUUGGGUUUCUUGAUUUCUGUCGUGUGCACGAAUCAUACUGUAGCAAAUUAUAUUGCAACUGGAAGUUUUAUGCCGGUUGUACUGUUGGGCGGUAUGUGGCCGCUAGAAGGAUCGCCAAAAGUAGUUCGCUGGAUCAGCUAUACUAUGCCGACAACUUUGCCCGCAAUAUCUCUGAGAGCAGUGUUAGAGAAAGGUUUUUCCAUAUACGAGUUGGAAGUUUACAGCGGCGUACUAGUAGAAUUAGCAUGGAUAAUUGUACUGUUUAUUGGUUGCUUAAGCGGCCUAAGAUUCAGACCCUCGUAACAUCACUUAAAAAUUAGAAAAAAUUUAUUUGGAAAAAAAAGAAAAAAAAACAAUAACGCCUUACCUGAUUGGAUAUGGUUUUUAAUGCUUUAUAACACUAUAAUAAAACAUUUUAAAAAAUUAAUUUUUUGAAUUUUUUCCAUCCUUUUAAUU